AAUAAACAAAUAAUUAUAUAGAUUUUAAUAGCACACAUGUAUUAUCCAAUAAUAUAUUUAGUCAUACAUGUAAUUGUGUAGAAAAAAAAUGUAUCGGUUUGUCAUACCACUGAUUUACUGUAACAUUUUAUUCGAAUUCGCGGCAUCGGAAAAUUUUGAAAAUUAUAAUUAUUCAGCGGGUGUUGAUUAUUUUUCAAAGCUCGUCGAUGUGUGGGAUCCAAAGGUUUUUAUAACGCAAUGGGAAGAAAUAAAAACGCGGGGUAAUGGUAAUUUAAAUAUUAGUGAAGAGUGUGAAGAAGACAUGGGUAAAUAUUUGAAUGGAAUUUCGUUGAAUUCACAGUGGGCGCUAAAAAUGAUGGAUGCAAGUGGAAGAUAUACAUGGGGAUUUUUUUCUGGUAACCGGUACUGGAUUGGAGCGAUGGAUCAGUGCAAAGAAAUGGAAAAUAAUUAUAUUAAUUAUUUAUUAAAUACUACUGAUAAUAAUAAUAAUAAGGAAAUAGUAAAGGAAAAUUUCCCAAGCAUUCCGCCUUUUCAUGUUGCCGUCAAUUCAGUUAAUUUACAAAUUUUUAUGAUGCUUGACGAAUCUAAUCCGGGCCAUAAAAUAACUCUGGGCGUGUGCCUGCCAUCCAAUUGUAGAACCGAUGAUGUUCGAAUGUUACUUAAUUUUUACAUAAGUAAUAAAUUGAGUAAUGAGGGAAAUGUUACAGUUAAUAAUGUGAGAAAUUUAAACGAAGGAUAUACAUUUCGGGACGAUUAUGCUUUUAUAAUUAUGAUGAUUACUGGGGGAUUUGUUGUCUUUAUCGUAACUCUUGGCACGUGCUAUGAUAUUGCGUUGAGAUUUAAAGUUAUAGGUACAAAAGAAUCUCAUAAUAAUAAUGAAAUUGUGAGACGUAAUGGAAUUUCUAAGUACGAAGAUUGUGCUGAUGAUAAACGUGACAAUACUGUUAGUGCUUUUUAUAAAUUAUGGACAAUUAAAGAACAUAAUGCGUCACUUGAUUUAUGGAAGGAAAAAAGUGUUCCAAAGCCAAUGUCUGAAGCUUUAUUAUCAUUUAGCUUGCUAUUAAAUCUUGAGAAAUUAUUUAGCCUUGAUGUGGGACACGAUACAUUAGCUCCUAUUCACGGAUUAAGAUUUAUAUCUAUGCUGUGGAUUAUUAUGGUUCAUACUUGUCUCAUCGCCAAUGAAGUCUCCGACACAAAUAUAUUCCGUUUGAAUGCUGAGCAAGAUUUUUUCUAUCAGACCAUCAGCAAUGGGACUUACGCCGUCGACACAUUUUUUUUCAUCAGCGGAUGUCUGGUGACAUUUUUAUACUUUCGGACGAUGUCUAAGCGCAGAUUAAGUGAAAAAAAAAUAACUAAAGGAUUUGUCGGUAAAAUUUUACAAUUUAUUGGACUAAUGUUCUACCGUUACUUCCGUUUGACUCCCCCUUAUCUAUUGGUAAUCGGUAUCAUACAAGUUUCUAUGAAGUGGUACCACGCUCACUCAUUGAUUGAAUUGCCCUCGUUGGACUACCAGACUUGCGAAAAAUUUUGGUGGAGAAAUGCUCUGUAUGUUAAUACUUAUUUUGACAUGGAUGAGAGAUGCAUGGUAUGGAGCUGGUAUUUAGCCAACGAUACGCAGUUUUACACAUUUGGGAUAAUUAUUCUUAUUAUCGGAGCAAAUUACUUAACUGCUGGGGCAGUUAUUGGAAUUGUCGUCCUUAUUUCGUCCUGGAUUGUCACAACAAUUAUAACAGUUCAGACUCAGCAUGUACCUACAAUCCAAGAUCCUUUUGCGCAUUACGAGAGUCUUUAUGACAAGCCUUGGACAAGAAUAGGUCCUUAUCUCAUCGGAAUGGCAACUGGAUGGUUUUUAUACCGGAUUGAUUGUAAAUUAAAAAUAAACAAGGCCAUUAUUGUAAUCGGCUGGACAUUAUCUAUCACAACUUUGCUAAGUAUUGUCUACGGCCUUUACGGAAAUGCGCUGGGUCCAAUUUCUUCGGCCCUGUACACUGCACUUUCACACUCCGGGUGGGCAAUUAGUGUCGCGUGGAUUCUAAUUAUUUGUGUAACAAAAAACGGAGGAUUCGUUGAAAUUUUACUAUCUUGUAAAUACUUGUACCCAUUAUCAAGACUGACUUAUUGCGUCUACCUCAUUCAUCCGUUGCUGACACGAGCAAUAAUUCUGCAUAGUGAAAGUUCGUUACAUCUUUCACGAGAGUUGAUUGCUAUUUUAUUUUUUGGAGUUACUAUUAUUUCUUAUACAGCUUCACUUUUUAUCAGUUUAUUUUUUGAAGCUCCGAUGGUAUCAUUUUUAAGAAUUUUUCAUCCUUUACGUCAUUGGAAAAAUUUUAGUAACAAUUAUAUUUCUAAUAAUAAUAAUAAUAAUAAUAAUAUUAAUAAUAAUAAUAAUAAUAAUAAUAAUAAUAAUAAUAAUAAUAAUAAUAAUAAUAAUAAUAAUAAUAAUAAUAAUAAUAAUAAUAAUAAUAAUAAUAAUAAUAAUAAUAAUAAUAAUAAUAAUAAUAAUAAUAAUAAUAAUAAUAAUAAUAAUAAUAAUAAUAAUAAUAAUAAUAAUAAUAAUAAUAAUAAUAACAACAAUAAUAAUAAUAAUAAUAAUAAUAUAAAUGAUGAUAACAACAAUAACAGUGAUAACAAAAAUGAAAACAGAUGUGAAGCUUAG